AUGACCGCGAAGAAGCCACCGCCCGACGCACGCAUCACCAAGAUCCGCGAGUAUGAGGAUCGGAUGCAGCAGAUGCAGCAGGCGGCCAAGGAGGAAAGCAAGCUCGGCUCAGGUGCAGCGUGGCAGCACAAGACGGACGCGCGCAUCCAGCGCAACGCCGAGCAGGCAUGCUUCGAGGCGCUGCGCGCGGCCCGCGCGGGGGAGAUCGAGCUGAGGCGCGAGCGGCUAGCUCAGAAGCUGGCGGAAGAGGAGCAGGCGCUCAAGGAGGAGCUGGCGGCCGCGCAGCAGACGCCCGCGCAGCGGCGGGCGGCGAUGGCGGAGCGCGCGCGGGAGAUGGCGGUGCGGCGCGAAGGGGAGCGGCAGGCCCUGGCCCAGGAGCUGCUUGAUGCGGCCUUCCGGGACAACUGCGACCCCCUGAGGGAGCGCUACAGCCGCCAGAUCACGCAGCGCACGCAGCACGAGUGGGGCAAGCAGCUGGAGGAGCGCCGCUCGACAAUGGCGCUGGCGGCGAAGGAGCGGCGGCUGGAGGACGCGAUGUUUGCUGAGCAGACAAUUCGCGCCGAGCAGAGGCACCAAGAUGACCUGCGGCGCCAGAAGGAGUCGACCCAGGCCGUCAAGGCGUCAUUGGACGGGCAGGUCCACCACGUCCGCGAGCGCCAGGCCGCUGAGGCGGAGGCGGACGCGCGCGAGGUUGCCGCCAUGCGCGCCCACUGGGAGCGCCUCGAGGCCGACGCGGCAGCGGCCGACGCUGCGGAGCGCGAGCGGCUGCGGCGGCUGGCGGCGGAGGUCAAGGAAUUCAACAGGCUCAAGCUCGCGGAGAUGAGCGCCGCGGAGCGCAGGGAGAGGGAAUUGAAUCUGCGGAUACUGCAGGAUGCGCUGGCCAGGGAGGCGGCCGAGGAGGCGGCAGACCAGGCGGCCCGCGAGGCCAAGCGCCAGGAGGUGCUGCACUACCGCCACCAGCUGGCGCUGUCCAUGCAGCGCGAGGCGGAGGCGGCGGGCGAGCGGGACUUGCUGAUAGAGCGCGCCAACCGGGAGAAGCAGGCGGCGCAGGACGCGGAAUGGGCGGCGCGCGAGGAGGCGCGGCGGCGGCUGAUGGCGGAGGUGGACGCCAUACGCAGGGUGCAGAUCGCAUACAAGCAGGAGCAGAAGCGUCUGGGCAAGGAGUCAAAGCGGCAGGAGCUCGACCAGGCGAUCGCCGCAGAGCGGCGCGAGGAGGCGGAGGCCGCCGCAGCCGCGGCAGAGGCGCGGCGCAAGGCGCUGCAGCAGUCGCUGGACGUCAAGACACAGGUCAUGGCGCGGGCGCACCUCCGCGCGGCCGCGGCGGAGGACAAGGUGCACGCGGCAGAGCUGGCGCAUGCGUCCGAGGAGCGCUACCUGCAGCGCGUCGCGGCGGCGGAGCAGCGCAUCGCGCCGCCCACCUUUUUCGGUCGCAAGAAGGUCGAGUGGAUGCACUGA